AUGGAAAGUCCGAUUACAGUAUCUUUAGAAGAUUUAGUUAACGGGAUAAAAGAUGAAACAUUGGAUCAAGCAUUUGGCCCAGACUCUUUGGGAAUCAUAGUAAUCAAAGAUCUCCCAUCAUAUUACCAAGAACUCAGAUUGAAAGUAUUGAAGAGUGCCUCUGUUUUGGCAAAUCAACCGCCUGAAUUAUUGGAGACUUUAGAAGAUGAAGAGUCUUCAUGGAUUACAGGAUGGAGUUGUGGUAAAGAAAAGUUGAGAUCAGGAUUACCUGAUUACAAUAAGGGAUCAUUCUAUGUGAACUGUGCUUUUCAUAAAGACGAUUCAUUAGAGGGUCCAAGCAAAGAAUUAUGUGAGAAGUUUCCUGAUUACAAGACAUACACAACACCAAAUAUUUGGCCACCAAGCAAUAUAAAAGAAUUAGAAACUUUCAAAAAAGAUAUGAAACAAUUAGUCAACCUUAUUAUAGAAGUAGCUGAAAAAGUGGCAGUUAAUUGUGACAAUUACAUUUCUAAAAGAUUUGAUAUCGAAAAGAAUUAUUUAAAAAGAACAGUUCAAAAUUCCACUUGUUCUAAAGCAAGAUUAUUACAUUAUUAUCCUAUUGAUCCGAAUGAUACCAACGCCCCAAAUGCAGAUGAUGAUUGGUGUGGAGAACAUUUAGAUCAUUCAUGUAUUACUGGUUUAACUUCAGCUUUGUUUUUGGAUGAAUCUAAAGAUCUUUUACAUGAUUUACCUACAUCUCCCGAUCCAACUGCUGGAUUGUAUAUACGUAAUCGUAAAAACGAAGUGGUUAAAGUCAAUAUUCCGAAAGAUUGUCUUGCUUUUCAAACUGGUAGUGCAUUGCAAGAAGUAUCUAAAGGUAAUUUCAAAGCAGUACCUCAUUAUGUUAAAGGUACAAACAUACCUAAUAUUGCUAGAAAUACUUUGGCAGUAUUCUGUCAACCAGAUCUUGAUGAAAUGGUUAACAAAUCGGAGAAUUUUGCAGAUUUUGCAACAAGAAUCUUAAAUAGUAAUUAUUAA